GCCGUGAAGCUGCGGAUGUCCAAGUCAGGCCCUGGUUCUGAGGCCCCCAUGACCAUCUAUCAGAUGUUCCAAGAGACAGUGAGGAACUAUGGAGACCUUCCCGCACUGGCAGCCAAGAAGGACGGGAACUGGGAGACACUUACAUACAAGGAGUACUUCCAGCAGUGUCGAGCAGCAGCUAAGAGCUUCCUGAAGCUGGGUCUGGAACGCUACCACGGUGUUGGAAUUUUGGGAUUUAACUCGUCAGAGUGGUUCAUUGCUGACAUUGGGUGUAUCUUUGCUGGGGGCCUUGCAGUUGGAAUUUAUGUGACCAACUCCCCUGAAGCAUGUCAGUAUGUGGCUGACAAUUGUGAAGCCAACGUGCUGGUGGUGGAGAAUCACAAACAGCUCAUCAAAAUCCUCAAGAUUAAAGAUCAGUUGCCGCACUUGAAAGCUAUUGUUCAGUACAAGGAUGAACUGGAAGAGAGGCUGCCAAAUCUGUACACGUGGAAGGAAUUUCUAAAGCUUGGAAAUGAUGUACCUGAAGAGGUUCUUAAUGAUGUCAUCAAGUCUCAGGUGGCCAACGAGUGCUGCACCCUCAUCUACACCUCUGGAACCACAGGGCAUCCCAAGGGUGUCAUGCUGAGUCAUGAUAAUAUAACCUGGAUGGCCAAUGCAGCAGGGACCAUGACCAACCUGAGGCAGGGGGAGCAGAAGUUGGUGAGCUACCUGCCUCUCAGUCACGUUGCAGCCCAGGUCAGCGACAUCUGGAUCUGCAUGAGGUUUGCAGGAACAACAUAUUUUGCAGAACCAGAUGCCUUGAAGGGCUCCCUGGUGAACACCCUGCGUGAGGUGCGCCCCACCACCUUCCUGGGUGUGCCUCGUGUUUGGGAGAAGAUGCAGGAGAAGAUGAAAGCCAUGGGGGCUAGGGCCUCCAUGAUACGGAGGAAAGUUGCAAACUGGGCCAAGUCAGUUGGGCUGCAAGCCAGUUACAACAUCAUGAACGGCAAUGACACAGUGCCCUGGGGUUACAUGCUUGCCAACAACCUGGUUUUCAAGAAGGUGCGCAUCGCUUUGGGCCUAGACCGCUGCACAGCCUGCUACACGGGGGCCGCCCCCAUCACCAAAGACACGCUGGAGUACUUCAUGAGCCUCAACGUCCAGCUAUAUGAGCUAUAUGGGAUGAGCGAGAGCACAGGACCCCACACCAUGUCCGGGCUGGCAGCCAACCGCAUCAUGAGCUGUGGGAAGGAAAUAUUGGGAUGCAAUACAAAGCUGGAUACGCCUGAUGAGGAUGGCAUAGGGGAGAUCUGCUUCUGGGGCCGCCAUGUAUUCAUGGGAUACCUCAACAUGCCUGAGCAGACCAAGGCAGCGCUCGACCAGGAGGGGUGGCUGCACUCUGGAGACCUGGGAAAACAUGACAAAGAUGGCUUUCUGUUUGUCACAGGCAGGAUCAAGGAGCUGAUUAUAACAGCUGGUGGAGAGAACAUUCCCCCUGUCCCCAUCGAGGAUGCACUGAAGGAAGAACUGUCCAUUAUCAGUAAUGCCAUGCUGGUGGGAGACAAGAGGAAGUUCCUUUCAGUCUUGCUCACAAUCAAAUGUAAUGUUGAUGAUUCAGGGGAUCCGACAGAUGAGCUGACCCCAGACACUGUAGAGUAUUGUCGAAAGCAUGGAGUCAACGUGACCCGUGUCUCAGAGCUCAGAACAAGGAGACACCCAGCCAUCUCCAAGGCCAUCCAGGACGGCAUACAACGUGUCAACACAAGGGCCACCUCAAAUGCUCAGAAGAUUCAGAAAUGGACCAUACUGCAGCGAGACUUCUCCAUCUCUGGAGGGGAAUUGGGUCCAACCAUGAAGCUGAAGAGGCCCAUUGUUCACAAAAUGUACAAAGAGGAAAUCGAGAAGUUUUAUGCCGAGUGACGACGCUGAAUGGGAAAACGACCUUGAAUUGUGGAAAAACUGUUUGACCCCCAAACUGACCGUAUGGCUAGAG